UGUAUUUCCCGGAAGUACGUCAUACACACAGCUUUAGUUUAGUGACAGGGAGCGUACUCGUCGCUUGUGAUUCACAGCUAACGUUAGCCCUGAUCGGGCCCUUGUGUGACAGGCUUGGUGCGUGAACCUUUUCACUUUACCAAUCACGUACUAUGGCGGCCGCGGAUCCCCGGUCCUCGAGUGACGGCGGGCCGGCCAGCAGAGGAGGGUUCACGGGCGGGGAGAACAGUAAAGAUCACGAUGGAACCGGUGGCGGCAGCGGAGGAAGCGAACGGGACCGAGCCACCUUCGAAUGCAACAUUUGUUUGGACACUGCUAGGGACGCCGUCAUCAGUAUGUGCGGCCACUUGUUCUGCUGGCCCUGUCUCCAUCAAUGGUUAGAAACCAGGCCCAGCAGACAACAGUGUCCUGUAUGUAAAGCUGGCAUCAGCAGAGACAAAGUCAUCCCACUCUAUGGAAGAGGGAGCUCCAGUCAAGAGGAUCCCCGGUUGAAAACUCCCCCACGGCCCCAAGGACAGAGAACGGAACCAGAAAGCAGAGGCGGCAUGUUCCAGGGCUUCAGCGACACCGGUUUUCACAUGUCGUUUGGCAUCGGCGCAUUCCCCUUCAGCUUUUUCACGACCGUCUUCAACACCAACGACCCCUUUCACCGCGCAGACCAGUACGCAGGUGAUCCCCAAGGCAACGGCAACCUCAACAAUGGAAAUUACAAUUGGCAGGAUUCCCUCUUCCUGUUUGUCGCCAUUUUCUUCUUCUUCUGGCUGCUGAGCGUGUGAUGACAAAGAGGACGGGCCGGUGAAGGGAAAGCAAAGUCAGAGUCCUGGCUGGAAAGGCAAUGGGGGGGAAAUUAAAA